AUGGCCCGCCGCAACACUCACAGCACCGCCUCCCGCACCACCACGGAGCGGGACACCGGCCUCCUGACGCGCUUCGUCCCCGACUCCCUCAAGCACACGGCCCUCUACCGCAUGCUCCUCCGCCUAACCCGCAUCCUCCAGUUCCUCUCCUCCACCAUCUCCCUCGGCAUCUUCUCCAGCCGCGUCUACAAAGUCUACCGCCUCGUCAACAGCAUCAAGACCGCGCGCGGCAUCUCGGGCUCCUAUGGCGCGAUCGAGGGUAUUCUGGCUGCUGCGGUGCUGUACACGCUUAUUGCGAUGCUUAUGAGCCUGCUUAAGAAGGGCGGAGGGAGCAAGACGCUGAGAUGGCUGUUCGUCGCGCUGGAUGUCGCGUUCGUGGGGGCAUUUAUUGCGGUUGCGAUACUUACGAGGCCGGAGGGCGGACCAGCGGGGCCGAGACACUGCUAUGAGGAUCGGAAUGUCAGGGAUGAGAACAUCGUGACGGGCGAGGUAGCGAACACGAGGGACAAGAGCUGUAACCUGCCGUGGGGCACCUUCGUUUUGGCCAUUAUUAGCACAAUCCUCCACGCCAUCACAGCUGCCUUCCACGAAGUCCGCGACCGUCGCCAUGACAGGCUCGACGAGGAGACUAGGCUUAGGCGCAGCCAGGAGGUUGAGGUUAAGCGUUAA